AUGGCUCAGUGGAAGUCUGGCAUCUGUAUGACGGGCAAGCUAUCUGGGAAGGUGGCCAUCGUCACAGGAGGUGCAGGCGGGUUUGGCAAAGGCAUCGCCGACAAGUUCAAGCAGGAAGGCGCAGAGGUGAUCAUCGCAGAUAUGGUGGAGGAGGCUGGAAAGAAGACAGCAGACGAGCUCAAGUGCGAAUUUGUGAAAGCCAAUGUCACGUCGAGGCAAGACUGGGAGAACCUCGUCAAGGUGGCAGAUGAGAAAUUCGGACGGCUAGAUUGUGUGAUCAACAAUGCCGGAACCACUUACAGGAACAAGCCCACCGCCGAUGUCACAGAGGAAGACUUUGACAAAGUUUUCACCGUAAACGUCAAGUCGAUCUAUCUGUCGGCAAACGUGUGCGUCCCGUAUAUGCAGAAGCAAGGUAAUGGUGGCUCCUUCGUCAGCAUUGCAUCAACUGCUGGUAUUCGGCCCCGUCCAGGUUUGACUUGGUACAACGCAUCGAAAGCUGCCGUGAUUAACGGGACCAAGACAAUGGGCGUGGAAUAUGCGCCAGACAACAUCAGAUUCAAUUCCGUGUGCCCCGUGGUAGCGUUGGGCACUGGCUUGUGAGUAGUGCUGUCAUGCCAGUCUGGUCCCACGCAUUGCUGACGGCCGCUUCAGAACCGACUUUUUUCUCGGCAAGCCAGAAAACCAAGAAAAAUUCAUGGCGACAGUACCCCUCGGACGCGGUUCGACGCCGAAAG